AACCUUUACAGAUUUUCCUGAGAUAUUCAUAAUCAAGUAUACCUAUUACCUACCUUAGUGUUGUUAAGGGGAAACGUUUACUUGCCUCUGAAUGAGAAAAAGUUUGUGAUAUGUGUGAAAGUAUUUUUCAGUGUUUAACUUAGUUUAAUGGAAAAAUUUGACAUUUCUAUAGUGCGAAGAGUGAGCGUGAAUAGCUAUAUAGGAGAGCCUUGACUGUCAUUCGAAUCAACAGGCCUGUAAGAACAUGCUGCUAGGGAAGACAUGGAGCCAAAAGUUAAGCGACUGAAACCGCAUAUGGCAUCUCAGUACCCAGCUGGAUUGGCUGUAUCACUGUUUAUUAAUGGGAUAAUUGUCCAACACAUUGACACCUACUGCACUUGAAAAUGGCCUGUAGGGCCAAAAAUGUCCAGUCCUGCAAGGUAUAAUAAUUUGAAUACUUGUGAAAACAGCCAAGGAGGAAAACUUCAAACCAUCUUCUGAUAGGCCGCCUUUGCAAGCCAGUGCAAUGAAUGCAGCCCAGAGGUCGUCAUUUGUUGCUGGUCAACCAAUCACAAUCCACCCAGCUUCACAAGGCAUAUAUCCAUAUGCACACUGGGCCAAUGCUGCUACUGGUUCACCUCUUGUGCAGUGGGCAAAUGCUGCUACUGGCACCCCUGUGAUUCAGCGUGCUCGUGCUGCUUCUGGGCCAACAGUCAGACAUCGACCUGAUGCUGCGACGGCUGCUGGUCCACCUCUAAUACGCCGAAACACCACUGUACAAUCCAGAGUAUGCCAGAGUGUUACAAACAGGUCUGGCACAUCCAACUGCUUGCCGCCACUGUCUCAGACUUCUAGUGCAGCUGGACUGCCUCUCAUAAAGUGCACUGCUGCAGGAUCACCUGUUGUGCAGCAAGCAACCAACUGCCUAGCUCAAAAAGAUACCUCUGCAGUCCCUGCCAACAGGUCAGCACUACAUGUCACACUCUCCACUUUUGGCUCAUCUGUUCAGGUCGCCACUAUGUCAUCUGAUGGUUCUGCGCUGACUGCUGCUUCAGUUUCUUCUGACGGUUCUCUGAUGCGCGCCACUUCAAUUGUGUCUGAUGGGUCAUCACUGCAUGCCACAGCCAUUAUAUCAAAUGGAUUAUCAUUGCAUGCCACAGCUGUCAGUACUGACAAGUCAUCUUUACAUGCAACAGCGAUCAGCUCUGAUCGGUCCUCUUUGCACACUACAGCUGUUAGGUGUGAAGGAUCAUCUCUGCAUGCCACAGCUAUCAAGGCUGCAGGUUCAACUCUUUCUGCUGCAGCAGUUACCUCUGAUGGUACAUUUCCAAGCACCGCUGUUGUUACCUCCAGUGAGUUAGCCAGUUGUCCAAAGCCAAUAAAUUCAGGCAGGAGGUCUCCAGAAGCAGAAGUUGGAGACUGUGAAGGGCCAUCCUCAAAUUCUGUCUCCAUUAAUCCUCAGGGCUCACCUCAGCAGGACUCUUUCACUAGCUGCAGCAAAUCAUCUCUGCAUCCUGGAGUCACCAGUGCCUGUACUAACAACUAACUGUGUACAUUUUACUAGCAAAAACUUGUGGAUAAUUGAUUGUUGAGUCAGUAUUAUUUAGUGUCCAAUGCAGUUGAUAGUUCUAUCAACAUUUUAAGGUAUAUUUAUGAUAAGUAGUGAAUUGGCUUUCCUGUUAAAAUAUUUCUGGUAUAUGGAGAAACUUGGUCUGUUUUUUUCAUCAAAUGUAAUGUAGGCCAUUUCAAAUCAAUGCACAAUUUGUUGGCCCGCAGUUCAGACAUUUAGCAAUAUAUAGUCAACAUUUACGUACAAUAGGGGCAAAAGUUAAAAUGAAUACCCAUUUAUGAAGCAGAUGAUUGAGUGUUAAACUCUUCACAUACUUACGUAUGUUCUUGCUUUAUUUAAAAUAGCUACUUAAUAAAACAUUUACUCUGCAAUGGAGUGUCUGCCGAUAUAAACUUUCCCAAUAAAUUUGAACUGUUUGGGGGCCGGACUCAAGUCUGGUGCUCAUUUCUAAUAUAAGACAAACAUUCUUCCAGGGGUACAGGGCAUUUUUUGUGAAAGGUCUCUGUUAGGUGUUUUACAGAGGCAUAUAUUGAAGACUCUCCAACCCUCUAAAUCAGAAUACAUUUAGUAUUGUAAAUACAAUGACAUGAUUUUUAAGUUCAGGGGAAAAAAUAAUUCUGUUGAACAUCUUGUGCCGGCCGGAGUGGCCGUGCGGUUCUAGGCGCUACAGUCUGGAACCGGGCUGCUGCUACGGUCACAGGUUCAAAUCCUGCCUCGGGCAUGGAUGUGUGUGAUGUCCUUAGGUUAGAUAGGUUUAAUUAGUUCCAAGUUCUAAGCGACUGAUGACCUCAGAAGUUAAGUCGCAUAGUGCUCAGAGCCAUUUGAACCAUCUGAACAUCUUGUGUUCUGCAUCUAAAUAUUUUUCAAGAAAUCUGAAAAAUAGUUAUGGAAAAUUGAAGACAACAUUAUUAAAAGUAUUCUUAAUGGCCUGCUUACUGUGUAUGAGACUAAUAACCUUUUUUAAUUUGAUUUGGCACAUGGUGAACUUGUUGUGUUAGAGGAAUAAGAUAGACAGAUCAAAAAGUUUUUGAUGACUGCAGCAGUUGUGUGUGUGUGUGUGUGUGUGUGUGUGUGUGUGUGUGUGUGUGUGUGUGUGUGUGUGAGAGAGACGUACUUCCUCUCUCUUCUACCAUCCCACUUGCUCACUACCUCCCUUGUCCCAUCUCGCCUCCUUGUUUUCCCCUCGUACCCUCACAAGCAAUACCACCCUCGUAAUUGCAAAUUCCUUGUUCUGUAACUGAGUCACAGUAAACAACACUUUGUUUAUGCUCCUAAUAUGCUGCACAAUGACUCUUAAUUUUGAUGAGUGGUGUUCUUUCCUCAUUUGGUAUUAAAUUUUCCAUUAUAAUAUGGAUAUAAUUUCAUCACAGUCCAUGAUUGUAGACGUUAUAUUGGUUUUUAUUAAGUGUCUGCAUGGAAUAACUAGCUAGAAAACCUAAAACAAAGUCUGUGAUGUAAAUUUUUACUGAGAUCUACACAUUGUAGCAUCAGUGUUAGUACAUGACAAUGUGUCAAUAUGAUAGUACCUACCAUAAUUGUGUGUUGAAACUGAAACAGCAAUGUGUGUUCUAUUUACUGCCUGUAUGCUGGUUGUCAUUUAAAGUCACAGUGAAACUGGAGAAAUAAGAGGGAGCACAAAGUGUGUUGAAAGCAGUUGUUCUCACCUGCUAUUGUUACUAUAAAUCUUCCUUCUUGUUCCUGUGAAAGACACAAUUAUGUCUUCUUUUUGACUGCAUUGUAUUAAUCAUUUUACAUAAUGUAAAUAAUUUAUUAAGGUGCUUAUGUUGUGUGUUAAGGUGCUUAUGUUUUGUGUGGUCUAGAGAAAUAAAAUUAGUUUCAUCAUAUUGAUAAUUUUAUGUUGAUGUAUUAAGUGUUUGAAUGUGAGACCAUUUUGACAUGUACAAGCUGCCAAGGAUUUCCAGGAUCAUUUUGAUCCAGUCACUUUCCCAUACAUCAGUUUUUCGGAACCUAACUUGUAUUGAAAUAUGCAUGGAAUGUGUUUACUUAAUAUUAGUCUGCGCGUUUGUUGCAAACAGUGGUGACGGCAUCCUAGCUCCCAUAUAUGACAAGUUUUGUUUGUUGGCUAAAAUUCAGUGAUAACUACAUUAAUGUAUUUUGUUGUCACCAUUUUUGAGAAAUAAUCUUAAAAAUGCCCAUUUUGACACAGUGUUGAUAGGAAAAACUUAAAUUUCUGUGUAGUACUAAUAGAGAGCUCAGCCUGUUUUACAUACUUCAAGGAAAGACACACUGCCACACAUUUCAGCUUCCAUAAUUAUCCACUUAAGGUAGCAGCAUAUCAACUUUGUUACAAGGAACUGUUUGCUGGUGGUGGUUAAAUCUGUCAAAUCUUGCUCUUCAUAAAGUUUGAAUUGUGAUAAUGGAAAAACACAAUAUUUCUCAACCCAGCUAAUACACAAGAAAUACAGCAAGGAACCAAGCUUCUAAAAUAAAAAAAAAUCAGGAAUAGAUAAUAUACUAUAUUUUGUUGUAAAAAGAUGUGUAGAUGUAAUUUCUGAACCACUGAUGUAUCUUGUAAACCUGCCCUUCUCAACUGGCAGCUUUCCAACAUGUUUAAAAAUUGCUAAAGUUAAAUCACCACACAAAAAAGGAAG